AUGUCUUCACCAAGAGAGCUCGAAGAGGCGUCCGAAUUACCCUCCGAUGAAGCUUUUGAAGAAGUAAACAAGUACAUUAAAGGUGUCUACGACAUUCUAAAACAGGAAGCGAAUAAGGUUCACAAGGAAAGGGAAGCGUUUGGUGAGGAGGCGAAGAAGCUUGAGCAUGUCCACUUCUCGAAGAUGCUGAAACUUAAUGUUGGCGGCCACCUUUUCUCGACAAGUUUGUCGACCGUGAUUAAAGAUCCAGGUUCCAUGUUACAUGUCAUGUUCUCUGGAAGGUUUGACACAAAACCUGACGAGGAUGGAACCUACUUCAUCGAUCGAGAUGGAACUCACUUCCGCUACGUCCUGAAUUAUCUUCGCACGGGGGAACUUGUCGUCCCCGAUGAUAAGACUAUUCGUCAUGAACUGCUGAUUGAGGCCAAAUUUUAUCAAGUCGAAGGAAUGAUAAAGGCGCUGACACAAAAACCCGUCAGAAAAACCGCCUUCGAGGAGUCUGAGAUCCUCUCAGCAGACCAAGGCAAAAGUUUAGUGGAGUUGUUAAAGAACUCCCCAAUCCUUCACAGCGUCAGUGUUGAAAUGUUAUACCGAGCUUCUCGUGAUGGCUGGGCUGCCUCCAACUUUCACUCCUGUUGUGACAACAAAGGGCCAACAGUCACAGUGAUAAAGAGCGGAAAUUACAUAUUUGGAGGAUAUUCCGAAGUAGAAUGGGAUGGUUCUUCAGGGUAUAGAAGAGCACAAAACUCGUUCCUAUUCAGCCUCGUCAACCCAAGUGGUCUGCGACCAACAAAAAUGCGCUUGAGAGCUGAACAGGAAGGAUAUUCUAUCUGGUGCAACAGUAGGUAUGGCCCAGUAUUUGGAGGUGGCAAUACUCAUGAUAUUCUCAUCCACAACGCACCAAAUACUAACAAUUGCACCACGACCCUCAACAAUACAUAUCAGUGCGCAGUGGGAAGCACUUUUCUGACAGGAAAUCAAAGCUUUCGUGUGAAUGAAAUGGAAGUUUUUGGAUUCGACACUUAAU